UGCAGCUGUCAUUUCGUCUUUUCUUUUUUGUUUUCAAACAAAUUUUAAAUUUUGUUUAAAGAAAAAUUUAUGGAUAAAUAAACUUAAUUAUAAAAAUAAAUAAUGUCUGGUAAAAAUAAAGGCUUCCAAGGAAAAGACUCCUUUAGUCGAAUGAAUUUCCUCUAUCAGGCUUCAAUGCUUAUGGCUGGAAAAAGUGAUACACUCUCCGCUUAUUAUGGAAACUUGUGCAAAUCUAUUGGCAAAAAAUCAGUCCUACGAAUAGACCCAAAUAUAAAGAGAUCUCUUUGCAAAAAGUGCCACAUGGCUCUGAAGCCUGGAGUUACAGCUGAUGUUUCAGCUGUUGACUGCAAAAAAGAAAUCUUUUCUAUUAAAUGCAAAAAAUGCAAUCACUCCAAGAACUUUCCCAUCAACUUGGAUUAUAAAUUUUGGUUAGAAAAUCCCGAUUCUAUAGCUGAAGUGUGUUCGUUGGAAAAGGAAAAAUUAACAAAAAAACGAAAAAAAGCGACAGUCUCAAAAGAUGCACCAUGAGCAUCUGUUAGAUAAAGUUGUUCUGGGAAUAAUUUGCGUUAAGUUAUUUAAGUAAUUAAGUUAAGUAAGGUAAUUAAGGAAACAUUUUAAAUAUAUUAUGUAUUUGUAAACAAAAAAGCAACUCUUGAAAUUUUUACAAAGGAAUGAGAAAACGAUUAGCUUUUAGCGAUUAGACUGAUCAUUAAAAUUUGAAAAUAUUUGUUUUUCAACUAGAUGCUUUUUGGGUCUAGUGAAAACAGUAUAUUAGAUGAUUAC